CAUUGGCCUCUCCUGCCUAUAAAUUGGCUUCGUCUUCAUGGGUAUAUUUCUCAUCCAUCACACAAGCUAGCUACUAGCUACUAGAAAGUACUUACUGCUCAAUCGGUCGACGAGGGUGUCAAGCAUGGCGUCCAAGGGUCUCGUUGUGUUUGCUGUCCUGCUUGCUGCGGCUUUCCUCGUGGCCACAGCUGAACAAACUCAGGCCAAGAAGGAAGAGACUAAGGCCGGUGUUCAGGGUUACCACGGCCGCGGCGGCGGAGGCGGUGGUAACCAUGGCGGUGGCGGAGGCGGUGGGUACCCUGGCCAGGGGGGGGGCGGCGGCGGCGGCGGCGGUUACCCUGGCCACGGGGGCGGCGGCAGCGGCGGUGGCGGGUAUCCUGGCCACGGUGGCGGCGGAGGUGGCGGCGGCGGCAGCGGCUGCCGGUACCAGUGCUGCGGGCACGGGCAUGGUGGCUGCCGCUGCUGCGCAAGCCCCAACGAGAUCCCGGAGCCCAUGUAUCGGGCGGAGGUCCGCAACUAAGUGCCAUAUGCUACCUACGGAUGUUGCUACUUGCCUACACGUAGUAACUACUCGUAUAUGUGUGCAUGUAUGUAUGUACGCGUACGUACAGAUUGCACAGUUAUGUUUAUCCAAUAAUACCAGAACUCUGUUCUGAUCGUGUAUUCACCCUGUAAGACUUCUCUUUCUUGCACAAUACAUAAUACUCCUACAUGCAA